GUGUUUCAUGAAAAGCCUGACUAUUUUGUGCUUGCAUGGGAUGCACCACACAAGACGAUUAGACAUGAGCAAUUUGCUGAAUACAAAGGGCAAAGACCCGAACUGCCUGAUGAUUUCAAGCAUCAAAUUCGCAUGACAAAACAUAUCAUUGAUGAACUCGGCAUUAACUACCAAGAAAUUCCUGGAUAUGAAGCGGAUGAUAUUAUUGCGACAGUAGCAAAACGUGGUGCUCAAGAAGGACAUCAUGUUGAAAUUAUGACAAGUGAUAAGGACAUGAAAGCGCUUAUCUGCGAUAGCAUU